CAACGAACAUUGCGCCCCAUCCAUGGGUUUCUCUCUUUAGACUCUAGUUUCAACUUUAAUUUUGGUGGAGGGAACAGCAUUUUCAUUUUCAGUUUUCAGUUUUGUUUUGCUAAGCUAAGCGAGACGCUUGAAAAGUUACGAUGAGAGUUAAAACCCAUCAAAGGGGUUCGUAGAGAGAGAGUUACUUCUCUUACUUUCGCUGCUUUGAACUUGCCACAGAAUGUUGCUUCUCUCUCUCCGCGUAGUUUAGUUUAAAUUGUACUGUCCAGAGUGCCGCAUCGGAUCAAGUGCUGUUUAAAGUUUCCACUUUGGUGUAUCUAUACAUUUUUAGGCAUGCAGCAGAUUGGGGCAUACAUCACAGCCAUUACUGAUCGUUGCUCAUGUCGCAAUUAUUGCAUUUCAUCAUAAUCAAUUUGUUUGUUAUUCAUUUUAAACGACCACACCCGCCUUGAUAUCAACAUGGCCUGCUGUUUUAAUUACAAAUUUGUGCUCAAUUUAUGCAACUUUUUGUUUUUGCUUUGUGGCUUAAUGCUGAUCGUAUCCGGCCUUUAUAUCUUUUCGGAUAACAAACGCAUUCUGCUCUCCAGACUUUUGGCUGCCUCUAGCGAUCGGCUGAGCUCACUGCCCCAGCCCCUGCUCUUCUAUAUAGCACUGGGCGUGGCUAUUGCUGGUUUUGUGGCCAUUUUGGCUGCUGUCAUUGGUUUCUGGGCCAGCUGCCUUCACACCUACUGUUUCCUAACCAUCUACUUCCUCUGUGUUGUGAUGCUGCUUUUGACCGAAUCAGUGCUGUGCCUGGCCAUAACCCUUUGGCCUCAAUGCUUGGGGAUCAGCUUGGAUGAGAGUCAAAUGGUGAGAUCAUUGCAGAGCAACUAUGGAGUUCCGGGACAGGAGCAGUUCACCAAUGCCAUGGAUUUGGCACAAUUGCGUUUUGGCUGUUGCGGGAUGAAGAGUUCGUUGGACUACGACACAUCGCUGUGGCGAUUGCAGGGCUACGGGCAAAGGAACUGGCCAGUGCCGCUUAGCUGUUGUGUUCUGGAGAAUGCAGAUCAACCUUUGGCAUAUCUGGAUCCCAAGCCAGCCAAUGAAUCGCAGUGUCAGUCUCUGGAAAGAUUGUCCUACGAAAGAGAGCGCUACACGGAGUCCUGCCUUCCCCAUCUGGACAAUUGGUAUCGGGAGCAGUACAGCAUCUUUCUGGCUGCCAGCCUGAUCUUGGCCCUGAUUGAGUUCUGUGUUCUGCUAGCCAUCAUCAUGAGCUGCACGGGAUUGGCUUCCCAAAGGGCCAGGCUGAAGAGACCAAAACAAGAAGUGAGAGCUCAAAAGAUAAAGUCGCGACAAACUCUGAUCGAAAAUAUAUACGAACCUGAGGUUGAGCUUAGGGAAAGUUCCAGUCACAGCAUCGACGGAAUAUAUCUGGGACCAGCUAGCCGGCAUGUCAGCAGUGAGGACUUUAAGGAGUUGUAUAUAAAACCAAGGGAUUUGUAUAAAAAACAUAAUUUGGUGCUGGGAAACCCUGUAUCCAUCGACCGUCCAUCGCAAAUGAGGAACUAUUUGGUGUGAAUUUAUAUUUUUAAAGUGUUUUAAAUUGUUAAAUAUAAAAGUUCGCUCAAAAAUAUUUAAGAUAAGGAAUAGGACUGAAAAAUAUAUAUCUAUAUAUAUAUGAUUAUUUUACUAAAUUCUGCUCAUGGUUUUGGAUACUUUUUGUAGGUAAAAUAUAAAACGGACUAUUACGUAUGAAUAUCUUUGAUCUUUGAUAAUACACAUUAAAUUAUAAUAAUUAUAUAUAUAUAUUAUAUUUUCGGAUUUAUUAUCUUACUUAAAUCAUGAUUUUACAUCAGCUAAAAAGUUUUCAUUCUGAAGAUGUCUAGUUUUUGUUUAAUAUCUAAAUCAUUUUCGUGUUUUAAAUAUAUACUUAAAAAUUGGGAUAUUGAAAGUGCAAUAGGUCUACGGGACCUUCUAUCAAGUAUUUUUAAUUAA